AAAACUCAACCUCAAACUCAAUUCGAACAUUUUAUUCUUGUUUUUAUCGUUUUAACAUUGUCCGUUAAAAAUGAAUCCCUCACCCUCCGUCUCCGAUGGCCAGGUCGAACACGUCACCUUCUCCUCCACUGUUAAACCUCCUGGCUCCUCUAAAACUCAUUUCCUCGGUGGCUCAGGGGUGAGAGGUUUGGAAAUUCAAGGCAAGUUCGUGAAGUUCACGGCGAUCGGAGUGUACGUUGAGGAUAGCGCCGUGUCGUCACUCGCCAGCAAGUGGAAGGGCAAGAGUGCUGAUGAGUUAUUUGAAUCCGUUCCGUUCUUUAGAGAUGUCGUUACAGGUCCCUUUGAGAAAUUCAUUAGAGUGACAAUGAUCUUGCCAUUAACUGGUCAACAAUACUCAGAGAAAGUUGCAGAAAAUUGCGUCGCCAUUUGGAAAUCACUUGGACUUUACACUGACGCUGAAUCCAAAGCCAUUGAGCAAUUUCUUGAGGCCUUCAAGGGCGAAAACUUUCCACCUGGCGCUUCAAUUCUUUUCACACUAUCACCCUUCGGAUCAUUGACAAUUGGCUUUUCGAAGGACGAAUCGAUAGGGGAAUCUGGGAAAGUAGUGAUAGAUAAUAAACUACUUGCAGAGUCAGUUUUGGAGUCAAUUAUUGGGAAGAAUGGCGUUUCUCCUGGGGCAAGGAAGAAUUUGGCUGAAAGAUUUUCAAAAUUGUUGAAUGGAGAAGAGAAAUCAGAAGCCGAUAAUUGUGCUAAAGAAUUCAAAGGAGUGGACACCAAUAUCAUCCAAGUUGAAACCGGAAAAGUGUGAAGAGAUCGGCGUAGAUUGUCUGGUUCAUAAUAAUGUUAAUGUAUGGUUUUCAACUCCUGUGAUGGCUCUACCAGAGAAUGAAUUUUUAUGUUUAGAGAUU